AUGACAUCCAGAGCGGAUCGGAGAUGGGUCACCUCCUGCUGCAGCCCUGUCACUUCAGCGCUCAGCCUGGACAGGCUCCCAUCACACCUGGAGACGAGACAACACAAGAUACACCAGGACAAGGUCACUGAUGCCGGACGUGUUCUUGUGGUCGAGAUGUUGAACAGCCUGGGUGGUCCCACAUGCAACCCGGUCCCGCUCUGCUAUUUGGCUCUGCAAGGUCUGCUCAGCAACAUAAUCAUGGGAAUAUCUUUGGAGAUUAUUAAAUGCAAAAUAGAAUUAAAGCCGCAAGCGGCGUCAAACGGCCCUCGCCGCACCGCGCGCACCACCCCGUACCAAGCCGCCCCGCAUCAAGCCGCCCCGCAUCAAGCCGCCCCGCACCAAGCCGCCCCGCAUCAAGCCGCCCCGCACCAAGCCGCCCCGCAUCAAGCCGCCCUGCACCAAGCGGAUCUGCACCACGCCGCCCCGCACCAAGCGGAUCUGUGA